AUGGCUUCUAUCACUCUCAGUAUCGAGACCAGCAAGCUUUUCAUCGGUUCAUACCAACGUGUCCAAAUUGACUUCGGUGAUUCAGGCCUGUCACUCGACCUGAUUACCUUCUUUAUCAAAUCCAGUCCACCAGGCUCCGGCGGCUCCAUCUCCUUCACUAAAGAUGACCUCUCCAAACCAAACGAAGUAAUGCUUCUAGUCGGCUAUCAGGCUGGACAGCAUGCUCUCCAAGUCCUUGACUCAGCUGGCACGACUGUUCUCGCCCAGCUUGACUACGAAAUCAUAUCCUUCUGGCCAGAGAAGGAUGUGCGUCCACCUCAUUGGGUUGUAGGACAGCUCCAAGACUUCGUUACGUGA